UGUGCCUCUACAGAACUAGAACAGUAUGACAAGCCCCCAUGUCUCAUGUUGGAUUAGUUGCUAGUCUCUCUGUUGGAGGAUUCUUCAUUGCGUUGGUCUUUUUCGGAGUUCCUGCCACUAUUGCUGUGGUCACUUACUGCAAAGCUAGGAGACGGAAUACAGUUCAAAGUCCUGCCACCACAAAUACUCCCACUACUAGUUCCACCAUAACUUCCAACCCUACACCAACUCAUCCACAACCAGAGUACAGAGAUGCCAAGUUCAGUUUUGGAGAGGCUCCUCCUUCAUAUGAUGCUGCCACUACCUAUCCAUCUUACACAGCCCCAGUUUACUCAUCUCAUGCAGCCCUGUCUAAGGCACCAGUGACUGACUGUCAUCCUCAACCCACAGCUCCAUACCUGCCUCAGGAGCAUCACGAGCUGUCGACCGAGUUAGUUUACCCUCCACCUCCACCACCACAGAACUCUGCCACUUCACAGUCAUAGUCAAGCUGUAACCGUAUAUAU